GCGCGCCCGCGGUGUCCCCGGAGCGCCGCCGGGGGGGUCGGUCCGCCCGCCAUGGAGCGCUGCGGGCCCGGGCUCGGCUACGAGGAGCCGGCGGAGCGGGCUCGACAGCAGGAGCGGCACUACCAGCUGCUGUCCGAGCUGCAGGCGCUGGUGAAGGGGCUGCCCAGCUCCUGCCAGCAGCGCUUAUCGUACACCAUCCUCAGUGACCUGGCGCUGGCCCUUAUCGAUGGCACCGUCUUCGAGAUCGUCCAGGGUCUGCUUGAGAUCCAGCACCUGACGGAAAAAAACCUUUACAACCAACGGCUGAAGCUGCACAGUGAGCACCGCGUGCUCAAGCAAGAAAUGUUCCACAGACACAAAGAGGCCCAGCAAUCCUGCAAACCUCACAACCUGCCAGUUCUCAAAGCAGCUCAGCAGAGGGAGCUGGAGGCCGUGGAGCAGCGCAUUCGAGAGGAACAGCGAUUGAUGGAUGAGAAAAUAGUCUUGGAACUGGACCAAAAAGUAGUUGACCAGCAAAGCACCCUGGAGAAAGCUGGAGUGUCUGGAUUUUACAUCACCACAAACCCACAGGAGCUGACUUUACAGAUGAACUUGUUAGAGCUGAUACGGAAGUUGCAGCAGAAGGAACUGCAACCAGAGAAGCCUUUCCCCUGAGUAGGGCACAGCUCCUCUUUGUCCACCAUCUCCCUCUGAGCGUCACACUAAAGAACAGGCUACUUACAUCAUUUGCUCUGUAACAUCGGAGAGAAGCCACUGGUCACCAAGUGUAGAAGAAACAGCUGAAUUUGUUAGAUUCCUUUUCUUCGGGGGCCAUGAAGAGCAGAGGGGGCAAGUAGAGAGCAUUGUGUUCCUUUUAUACUCUGCACCCCUCAGCACAUGGUGUCCACUCUGAUUCCCCAUGUGUUUACUACCCAGCUUCUCAAGUACAGCUGUUGAGGAAUAACUUGCGGUCUCUGAAUAAGAAAAUUAAGUUCUUUAGUGGCCAAUGCAGUGUCCAUCCAGACCAGAGUCCACGCUCUUGGGUGAUGUGAUCUGUAGAAAAUGUGCCCACAAGACCAGACACAGAGUUUCUGGGCCCUUGGAAGGUAUGUGUAAGGCACAAGAUUUCUCAAGGAGACUAGUAAUCCUCUUCCAUGUGCAAUGUUGGCAUGUCUUUACUAACACACCAGAGACCAGACCAUGCUCAAUAUGAUCUUGGCAACCCGUUAGUGCCCUGCAGGUGUUUUCAGAGUGCCCAGCUGAGUGGGUCCUUCUGGAGAGCAGGCAAAGGGCUGCAACAUCUUUGUGAUGUGUGUAUGUCUGAAUGGAUCAAUCUGGAGUAGUGAGCAGUAUUUGUUGCUCCAUCUCAAAUGCAGCCUUGCCUUGCUGCUGUGGGGGGAGGGGGCGGCAUGUGUUGCAGGUAAAGAACUGCAAAUGACAGGAUGGCAUUUAACAGCUUCUGGUAUCAAAGGCAGGAACUGGUCUCUUUAAAAGCAGACAUCUGGCUGGAGUAAGCUCUCCUUCCCAAAGCAGCCUCUUGGCAGAUAACGACACAGGUUUCCCUUCAUUGUGAGUUGCCACUUCUCUACUCCCACUUGAAGGAGAAAGCCAAGCCUGUGCCUGCCUACUCUGGGGCUGUGAAGGCAGAUGUGCACUUUGUCUGAGAGGAGCCUGUCGGGGAUGCUAAGGGUUAUGUUACUGCAUGCUACUUUAAAAUGCCAGCCUCAUAAUGUUUAGAAAUAAAUAAUUCAUCUGCAAUUCA